AUGACGAGAGAGUUCUCUGAUAAAUUUUUAGAGUUUUUGAAUAAUACAGGCUCUCCAUACCACUCAGUAGAUGAAACAAUUAAAUUACUUAAAAAAAGUGGAUUUAAAAAAUUGGAUGAAAACGAGGAAAUUACAAAAGGAGGUAAAUAUUAUAUGACUCAGAAUUAUAGUACUGUUUUAGCAUUCAAAGUAGGUGAAGACUUUGAUUUAGAAAAUGAAAGAUGUAUGGUGAUUAUAACAGGUUCACAUACUGACAGUCCUUGUUUAAGAAUCAGACCAAGUUCCAUAACUUGUAAUGAAGGUUAUACUCAAUUGAAUGUUUCUACAUAUGGAGGAGGCCUUUGGCAUACUUGGCUUGAUAGAGGUUUGGGAAUAGCGGGGAAGGUGGUAGAUAAUGCAUGUAAUGAAUAUUUAGUUAAAAUUAAAAAACCAAUAUGUGCAAUUCCAAAUUUGGCAAUACAUUUAACCACAUCUGAAGAAAGAAAUUCGUUUGUUUAUGAUAAGGAAAAACAUUUGCAACCAAUUAUAUCAAAAACUGAUACAAAUGACAAAUAUGGAGAACAACUUUUAUCUCUUCCACGUAGUUUACUGGAAGAGAUAUGCAAAGAAAUUAACAUACAACCUCAGAAUGUUUCAUCAUUUGACCUUUGUUUAAUGGAUUCAGUAGACUCAAGAUAUGUUGGAAUUAAUGAAGAAUUUAUUGAUUCUCCAAGACUGGAUAAUCUUGGAGGCCUCUUUUCCUGCUUUACAGCUUUGAUUGAUGCUUCGGAAUCUAAUAGAAAUGAUUUAUUGGUUUCUGUUGCAUUUGAUCAUGAAGAAGUUGGAAGUGUCUCAUUUACAGGAGCUCAUUCAGACUUUUUAAAGCAAAGUCUAAAGCUGAUUCUAGGUAGUUUGUCAAAAUCCAACUUAAAUGGGUCUUUAUCUAAUAGAGAUACUGCUAAUAAAAAUAUAGACUUUGAAUUCUGCAAUAUAAUGAAAAGAUCGAUCUUUCUAAGUGUUGAUAUGGCACAUUCAAUACAUCCAAAUUACCCUGAAAGACAUCAAUCAAAACAUAAACCUUUGCCAAAUAAUGGUAUUGUAAUCAAAACAAACUUUAAUCAAGCUUACACCACAGACUGCACCACUAGAACGUUUUUGAAGACUAUUGCAAAUAAUUUCAAUAUAAAGACUCAAGAUUUUCUAGUAAAAAAUAGUUCUCCAUGUGGGUCUACUGUAGGACCAAUAGUUGCUUCCAAUUUAGGAAUCCGUACCGCUGAUAUUGGUGCAUGCAUGUUGGCCAUGCAUUCAUGCAGGGAGUUUAUGUACUACUCUGAUAUUUAUGAUAUGCAAAAUUUUAUUAAGGUUUUUUAUAUUACUUGGUCUAAAAUUAAGUUUGAAUCAAAGUUACUAGAAUAA